AUGGAGGUUCAUCACGGGAUCAGGAAUGCGAGACUUCAAGGGGACUACAGUGAUUAUGCACUGACCGAACCUUGUCCUUUGAGGUCUACUGAUGAUCCUUCGGGGUCUAAAGACGUUCCAGGGAGAGCUUUGGUCACAUGGACCAACAGGAGGAGAAAGCAGGCAAAACGGAGCAAAGGAGCUCGAUCGAGUCGCCACAGAUCGAUCGACCACACGAUCACCACUCGAUCGAUCCCAUGCAGAGAGUCGAUCGAUCCCAUGCAGACGACGAGCUCGAUCGAUCCCAUCGUCACACUCGAUCGAUCCCAUGCAGAGAAGCUCGAUCGAUCCCGUUCUGUCUCAGCCGUUCGAUCAAUCCCGGUCAGAUGA